UCUCCCCCUCUUCGAGAAAUCAAUAUCAUCGUCAUCGACCACCGCACCGCCCUCCUCCGUCAUCGCAGCCCAAAGCUCACCCGUUCCGACGAGUGUGCUUUUUUUGCCCCGCGCGACCAUUCGCCGGUUCCCAACAAUCGGGAACGCGCUAGAGUCCUGGCCAGCUCUUCGAGGUUUCCUCGAUCAUCCCUCGCAGACCCUGUAUGGACUGCGGGAGUACUGGCAACGCUGCGGGCAUCGACCCCAAAAUCCUCGAUAACUGGCAAACUGACAACUUUCCCAUCUCCGCUUACGAGCAUCCCGGCUACGAACAACCGCUAGAGUGGGACACCAGCCAGGAAUCCAGCCAGGGUGAUGCGGAUAUUCUCGAUAUGAAUGGCCUCCAUGGCCUCCCACGAGAUCAGUCGGGGGUCGCCAUGGUCGGACAGUCGGACGACUACCAGGGAAGUGAUUACAGUAAACAACCAGGAACUUCCACCCCCGACAAGUUCAGCAUAGUCGAUGGCACCAUUUCGGGCACCGUCAGUGCGACUAUCAGCCCCCGAACGCUGCCUUCUUCCGCCGAUGACAACUUCCAUCUGGAUGAGUCAUGGCCGCCUUUCCACCUUUUUAACGCCAUCUCGGUUGGCAUCCCCGGCGAAGCUGGCCUCCUCUACCCAUACGCCAAGGAACCCGUCGCCUCUACCAACACGGUGAUCGUGGAAGACUCUGGGGACUUGCCUCAGGGACAAGGAUUUCAAGAUGUCUCCUCCGACCAGUUUGUGCCGUUCCAAGCACUCCCACCGGCGUUUUCCUUCCCUCCCACGGAAUCCUGGUCUGAGCCCCCCACCGCUGCCGCUGAGAACAUUCCCCACCAGUCUCCGAUUUCGCUUCCGAUGGGCCCGCAGCCGGCAAACAAGGGCCUUUCAAUGCGCAGCUAUCAUGGACAUGUGCGGUCUCUGGAUUCGCGCUGGCUAGAUAGCUUGGAGGCCCAAUUACCGAGCAACAUGACCUCCCCUGCGUCGAUGUCAAUGCCGCAGGAGUCCCCCUACUUCAAAGAAGAACCGAAAGGUCAAGACGGGUUUCAGUAUAAGUCGGAGAGUUCGUCCGUAUCCGGGGAAAUCUCCACUGUGUACGACCCUUACUCGAGCACUACGGAUGGCAUCACAGCCUUUGCCGACCGCCAGCUGGACGAUGAAUGGAGGGAUGCGCGAAACGAUGAUUCGCCGUCAGACACAGCACAACCCCUCCAGAAUGCCACCGCUUUCAUGGUCAGCGAGAACCCAGCAGAAUCAUACUAUGUUCCGGUUGAUUCUCAGCCGAGAACUUCGUCUGCCGCUCAGCGAGGGCCGGCGCGGCCACAGGCUCUAGCCAUGCAGUCGGUCGCUACUGUUCGAAAGCGCAAGCAGCGUAACCUCAGUGUGAACUUGGAUCAGACACAACCCAAGCCAUUGCAGAUCGUGCAAGAAGACGGUCAGGGCGGUUCUAUCGCUUCCGCCGAUUUCAUUUCUCCGCCCCGUGGCGCGCGCCGCAAGGGGCCUCUCUCCAUGGUCGGAAGGGCAAAUGCUGGAUUGCGAAGAAAGAACAAGGACACGUGUGUUCAGUGCCGAUUGAACAAGCGCAAGUGUGAUGGGAAUGCUCCGUGCGAUGCAUGUCGCCCUACGCUGCAUGAGCAGCCGUGCGCUCGCGCCUGCUUCUCCAGUAUCGUCGAAUAUGGUGUCUGCAAUUAUAUCUCCCAACGAGCGGUCAAUCAUCCCACCCUGGAUGGAAUGAGACGAGUGCGGAUGGAGAUUCCUUCUGAAUUCGAUCUCAAUGAUCUGAUCUCAUUCCUUGGAGAGCGCCAAGGACGAUUCAACAUCCGUGCCAGCCAGUCCUGGGGGUCUCUCUAUACCCUCGACUUGGCGGAGACUUAUCGGUUUCUGCGUGGCUUAAGCGAAUACAACGGCAACUCCAAGUCGACCUUCCUCGAGUUCGUCGACCGACGGCUCGUUGAGUCUAAGGACAAAUCAAAGAAUUGGUUCACUUGCGUGAAAGACUGCGACCCAAUGACCAACACUUACACUCUGCUCUCGAAGUGGAACAAUAUGCCUAGCCGUGCGAGCUACAGCUUUGUCCCUCUCCAGUCUGGUGACUCAGAGAGACCGAUGGAUAUCGACAACCCGGAAGAUCGACGGGAAAUUCUCAUGGCAGCCCAGUUGUCGCGCAUCAUCUGUCGGAUGCUCGAAGUUGAAGGGUUCCGCAAGCUGGAACGCGACUUUUACAAUAUCAAGUGGAAACAGAUCUCUCAGGAUACGCACCUGCGAUUCCUUAACGAACUCGGCCACAUUCUGCUGACUCUCCGUUGGCGAAUGUCCUGGUGGAAGCAACUGGGGGAUGGCGGCCGCGAACCCGAUCCCAGCAAACAGCACUAUGUCGACCGGGUUCAUCUACUGUGCAGGAUUCUUUACGUGUACUACACUUGUGUGAUGGCGAAGCUCCCUUCGUGGUCCGCUUCAGAAGUGCCAAAGGGGACGUGGUCGACGUACGCCGACUCGGAGAAUGCCGUCUGGGAUGAUUUUCCUAGCGACCCCACUGACGACGGCUUUGCUCGCUGGGUCGACCGCGGACAGGAGCUGAUCGAGCAGUCCGGAGCCCCGAUCCGGGUAUCGAAGAUGUGAACAUGCCUCUCGCAUCCCACCAAACCAAGAGGACGACGAAAAGAAGAACUGCCGGAUUUGACUGAUACUGCACCUGAGAUACCCUUUUUUUGAAGCGUUUUUUCCUUCUACACUUUGAUGAUUGAUGAUUGUUGAUCUGGCCAUUGAGUUUCGGGCAUGGAUAUAUGUGGUUAUGUACUAUUUUGGACAUAGAC